GUCACAGCUGCUUCCUGAUUCACCUGGGCAGGUCAACAACAGGUAGAAUACCGGAAUAACCUGUAGAAGAAAUGAUGUGUGUGUGAACAGAAUGAUCAGAGACACGGAGGACAGACAGGUGGAUACAGAGGACAGACAGCACUGAUGGGGGAUUAUAUGAAGACUCAGCUGGUGAGCGCAAUCCAGCUGCAGGAGGUGGAACUGCAGGACAACCAGCAGGGCAGCAAGAAGAACAAUAAUGCUGUGGGCGCAGCAGCAGACGAGACGUUCACUGUGGAGGAAGCUGUGGAAACAAUCGGCUUCGGACGCUUUCAUGUCCUGCUGUUUGUCAUCAUGGGGAGCUCCAACAUCGUGGAGGCGAUGGAGAUCAUGCUGCUGGCCGUAGUUUCUCCAGAGAUUCGAUGUGAGUGGCGUCUAGACGACUGGCAGGUCGCUCUCGUUUCCACUAUGGUGUUCCUGGGCUUCAUGCUAUGUGGAGUUUUGGGAGGAUACAUCGCUGACAGAUACGGACGCUGGAAGGUGGUGUUUGGCGGCUUCGUGUGGAGCGCAUACUUCUCUCUGCUGACCUCGUUCGCUCCGUCGUACAGCUGGUUCAUCUUCCUGCGCAGCAUGGUGGGCUGCGGCGUCGCCGGGGUGUCACAGGGGUUUGUGUUGAAGACUGAGUUUAUUCCUGCAAAGUACCGAGCGUCUCUGCUGCCGCUCGCCUCCAUCUUCUGGAUGACAGGCUCCAUGUUGAUCAUCUUACUGGGGAUGUUGGUGGUUCCCAGUCUGGGCUGGAGGUGGAUGAUCCGGAUCUCCGUCACUCCCAGUAUCAUCCUCAUCUUCCUGUUCAAGUACAUCCCAGAGUCGGCUCGUUAUAACGUCUCAGCAGGAAACGUCGGCACCGCCGUUGAGACUCUGCAGCGAAUCGCUCGGAUGAACCGAGCAUCUCUUCCCCCGGGACGCCUGGUGGAGCCGGUGGUGAGGGAAAGAGGAAACUGGAGGAUUCUGCUGAACUCGUCUUUCAGGAGGACAUCUGUCCUGCUGUGGUACUCCUGGUUCGUGGCGUCCUUCGCAUACUACGGCUCGGUGCUGAGCAGCUCGGAGCUGCUGGAGAAGAACCUGCUGUGUAUGACGGACGCCGACCGAGAGCAUCAGGUCAAACACCGCCAUGAGGACGGGCUGUGUUACUGCAUCCCCUUCCAGUUCAGCGACUACCAGACGCUGCUCAUCAGCAGCCUCGGCGAGGUUGCACUGGUCCCAUUAAACAUCUGUCUGCUGAACGUGGUUGGACGGAGGAUGAGUCUGACGGUGGUUCAGCUGCUCGCCGCCAUCGUCUUCAUGAUUAUCAACAUCUGCACCACCAUGUUUGGGUUCACGGUGUUGCUGUUCCUGCUCCGGUCUCUGGUCUCCAUGAACUUUAAUGUGGUUUAUAUUUACACUGCUGAGGUGUACCCCACGGUGGCGCGGUCUCUGGGGAUGGGCUUCUGUACGUCGUUCAGUCGGAUCGGAGGAAUGAUUGCUCCGUUUAUUGCUCAGGUGCUGAUGUCUCAGUCGGUGAUUCUGGCGCUCACUCCUUUCGCCGUGGCGUGUGUGAUCUGCUCUCUGGCAAACUUCCUGCUGCCGAUAGAAACUAAAGGCCGAGCUCUGCUGCAAACCUCCUGACGGCGUCUCCAAACAAACAAACAAACAAACAGUUACUGCGAUUUUAUUCUUUGUUACAUCUGUGAUAUAAAAAUAUUAAAUAUGUUUGUGACAUCAA